AUGGCCGACCUGUCCACGACCCUCCCGCUCACCCGCGCCUCGGUACAGGCCGCCCAUGAGCUGAUCAAGCCGUACAUCCACCAGACGCCGGUGCUGACCAACUCGACCAUCGACCGGUUUGCCUCGACACCCCGGACCGAGGCCGAGCUGGCCGGCACCGAGUGGGCCGGCCGCACCCCCGCCAAGCCGGUCCUGCGCUUGUGGUUCAAGUGUGAGAACCUACAGAAGAUUGGCGCUUUCAAGGCCAGAGGUGCCUUCCAUGCUAUUGAGCGGCUGAAGCUGGAGCCGGGGUGGAUCGAGGGUGGUGGUCUGGAGAAGGGCGUGGCGACGCACAGUUCUGGCAACCACGCGCAAGCCGUCUCCCUCGCGGCCUCGAUCUCCAAGAUCCCAGCCCACAUCGUGAUGCCGUCGACGGCGGCGCCCCCCAAGAUCGCGGCAACCCGCUCCUACGGCGCCAACAUCACCUUCUCGGGCCCCAACGCGCCCGACCGCGAGGCGACCGUGGCCGAGGUGAUCGCCAAGACGGGCGCGCGCAUGGUGCCGCCGUAUAACCACCCGGAUAUCAUCCUAGGCCAAGGAACCGCCGCCCUCGAACUCCAAUCCCAACUCCCCCCCGCCACCACCCUAACCGCCAUCAUAACCCCCUGCUCCGGCGGCGGCCUCCUCUCCGGCACGGCGCUCGCCUGCGAAGGCACCGGCAUCCACGUCUUCGGCGCCGAGCCCUCUCUCGAGGGAGCCGACGACCUGCGCCGCUCACUCCUCAGCGGCACGCGCAUCGACAGCGUGACGACGACGACCAUCGCCGACGGCCUGCGCACGCCGGUGGGUCCCAUCCCGUGGAGCGUGAUCCAUGGGAAGGGGCUGGUGCGUGCGGGGUAUAGCGUCAGUGAGGAUGAGAUUCGGCGGGCGAUGAGGAUGGUGUAUGAGCGGAUGAAGGUGGUGGUGGAGCCGAGUGCGGUGGUGGGGUUGGCGGUGGCGUUGUUUAAUGAGGAUUUUAGGGGGUUGGUGGAGAGGGAGGGCGGGGAGAAGGGGUGGGAUUUGGGGGUGGUGUUCUCGGGGGGGAAUGUGAGUUUGGAGAAGUUGGGGGAGUUGAUUGCGUGA